AUGGAGCACUGCUGCCACCGUGGCCUUCCGGAGGAAGGAGGUGUAAUUCUUAGAGGAGCGGAGGCUUCAGGUGCGACCAGGCCAUGGGCGCCUGACCAGACGCUCUUUCAACUCUUACCCUUCGGAGCCUCACGCCGAGUGGAGAGCCCUCCGUGGCCCUGGAAGUGUGCUGCCGCGGCCAAGUCACAGAGCAAGGACAGCGCCCCUACAUGGGCAUCGUUCCGUUCGUGCUGGAGGUUCAUGGACGUCUCCACCCGCACCGCCUUGCUCGUGGAUAAGCUGUCCUUUUCCGAGGCGAUGGAUGAGCUACUCGGAAAGUCUUGUCAUUGCGCCCGCCGGUAUCCCAACCUCGCAGGUGUGGCCUUUGUCGUUCCGAGGUCGGCGGCUGGCAGGCCAAAAGCUAGGAUGCACAAUGGAUGCUGCAUGGGAGUGCCUUUCGCUGCCACCAGGCAGGCACAGGCGCAGGCAUUGCGACACCCAAAGGCCGCUUCCAGGUUCUGUGCUACAUCUUCGUUGGUCUUGGCAGGGACGAGGCUUGCAGGAUGCCCAGCUUUCACAACCAUUAACAACGCAGCAUGUUCAGGCACGGCCAAGGCGCAUGCACCACUUGUAGACUCUUGUAGACUAUGUUAUGAAGACAGGUGCUUCAUCACAGAAGCACAUGAGCGAAGUGCUUGGAUGUGCUGCACAGUGGGCGUGCUGGGCCAGCAAGCAAGUUGUUUUACCAUGUUCUCACAAAAAGCUUCAGGGCAGAGUGUCUGUGCCUCCUCGCGGGCCGUUCCUUCGCGUCAAACAUACCCUUGCUAUCCUCUGAGCUUGAGGUGGUCAACUCGGACCGUGAAGUUUUUCCUUGCCUGCAAAGAAGACUUUGGCAGAGUGCAAGAAGUGCAAGGAGACUAA